AUGUCCGGACUCAAAAACUCGCCCUUUGGGAAGCGACUACGGGGGACACACCAAGAGAACGAAGAAGACGGUCCACGAAGAAAUCGACAGCGUGUUAACCCAAUUUUCUAUACCGCCACACCGUCAACCACAAAGGACGCGACACCAGAGUCACCCGUUACAAGCCGCGACAUGUACGGCGACAGAUUUGUACCUUCUCGCGAUGCUGGCGAUAUGCGAACAACCUAUCACUUGAUGGAUGAAAGCGGCCCUUCUACUCCUUCAAAAUCUAGAAUUAUACCAACAGAAUCAGAUGCACUGAAGGAACAAGCAAACGCAAUAUUCACUUCCAUUCUCCACACAGAAGUAACGCCCCCUUCCCCACGCCGAGCCGCCUCCCCACAACGACCCACAACGUCCUCAAGCGCAACAACAACCCUCCCACCCAGCACACCCACCCGCAAACGCAUCUUUCACUACACAUCACCCGCCACAUCCGCAAACCCCAGCACACCAACCCGCAGACUCGACACCCCAACAGACGAAGCCUACUCCAUGAGCCCCGUCCGCGCAGAAUCCCGUCAACUCCUCGAAUCCCCCCGCAGACAACUACGCAGCGUUUGCAAAACGCCCUAUCGCGUGCUCGACGCCCCAGACCUCGCAGACGAUUUUUACCUCAAUCUCGUAGAUUGGAGCAGUACGAACGUACUCGGUGUCGGACUAGGCAGCUGCGUGUACCUAUGGACAGCACACAAUGCAGCAGUUUCCAAACUAUGCGAUCUUGCAGGUUCGAACGAUACAGUCAGUUCCGUCUCGUGGGUCCAAAAGGGCACGAUGCUCGCUAUCGGAACCCUCUCGGGUAGAAUGCACAUCUACGACGCUAAUACACUGCAAGUACAACGCUCGUACAACAAUGCUCAUACUCAACGCAUCGGCGCUCUUGCUUGGAAUUCGCAUGUGCUUUCGUCGGGGUCGCGGGACCGUAUGGUGCACCAUCGGGACGUCCGAGAACCCUCCUUGCGUCCGUUCAAGCGGUGUGCAGGACACAGACAAGAAGUGUGUGGGUUGAAAUGGGCUCGGGACGGCGGGCCAUUAGCAAGUGGGGGAAAUGACAACAAAGUGUGUAUAUGGGACUUGCGAGGAUCAAAACGCGCUUCUGUUGCAGGAAGUUCAGGAUCAGGUGGAGUAGAAGACUCAGGAGGAGGAAGUGGAGGAGACACACCACUCUGGAAAUUCCAUGAACACACAGCAGCGGUCAAAGCCCUCGCCUGGGAUCCACACGUAAGUGGGGUAUUAGCGACAGGGGGAGGAACGCAGGACAAACAUAUCCGGUUUUGGAAUACGUUUAAUGGGACUAUGCUUAGUGAGCUUGAUACUGGGAGUCAGGUCUGCAACCUAAUCUGGUCCCUAACCUCGCACGAACUCGUCAGCACCCACGGCUUCAGUAGCACCACAGCCCAAAACCAAAUCUGUAUCUGGAAAUACCCAACGCUGAAUAUGGUGGCGUCGUUGACGGGGCAUACUCAUCGGGUUUUGUAUCUUGCUAUGAGUCCUGAUGGUGAGACGAUCGUGACGGGUGCUGGGGAUGAGACCCUUCGGUUUUGGAAUGCGUUUCCGAAGAAAGAGGGUGGGGAGAAGAGGGAGACGAGGUUGGACUAUGGGAGGCUUAUCAGGUGAUGGUAAUUGGGAAUCUCGCACAAGGCGAUUGACGUUUUGCCGAACUACGCAUCCUGGGAACUCGGCGGUUAGCAUGGCCCGACGUCCCUCGGUGAUUGGCGUAGACGUCUCACCCGGCGAUUGAUACGGACGCUGCAUUCUCGACAUCACGCUCUCAUCUAUACACUAUAUCCGCAAGCUAACAUUCACGCACCACAUCAUGGCAUAUGACCACCAACCACACCACUGUAUCACUCACUCACCCAAACCAAAUCAAGAACACAAUCCCAUCUAUUUCAACAACCCAGCAACAUAACUCAUCUACUUUGCUGGCACACAGCCGACCUACUUGACUUGCUCAGUGCAUAUACACGCUACAUGCCGAGCUCAGUGCACAUGCCAAGCUCACAUCAUCACAUCCAUAUGCCCU